AUGGGUUCAGAAACCUUUCUGGAAGUGAUAUUAGCAAUACUGCUACCCCCUGUUGGUGUUUUCCUACGCUAUGGCUGUGGUGUGGAGUUCUGGAUAGAUCUGGUGCUGACCAUGUUGGGAUACAUACCUGGGAUUAUAUAUGCCAUUUAUGUAUUGGUUGGAUGA